AUGCUCGAGGCUUCUUCGGACAUAUGGCAGCUGCGGCUCCUACUGGAGCACAACUUCGGCGCGCAGGCUGGCGCCCGGCCGGACGGCUUCGCCAUGGCGUCGUGGGCAGCGCUCGGCUGGGCCGUCGCCUUCGGGGCCAUGCUCGUCAUCGCCAUCGCCGGCAACAGCCUGGUCUGCGCCAUCAUUCUGACACACAACUGCUUCCUGGCCAACCUCAGCGUCGCCAACCUGCUCAUGAUCAGCCUGGAACUGGUACCUUCAACUUCAUUCUACGUGGUGUACGCCGACUGGCGAUACAUGGUGAUCGUGCGGGGCCGCUGCACCGCAAGAAUCCGACGCGACGAGGUGGUCGGCUGCAUCAUUCUCAUCUGGGUGUGCAGUGGCUGCCUGUCGGUGCCACACCUGCUCUACUCGGGACAUCGUCACGCACCGCACUGCACCGACUCACACUGCGGCUCGCUAGGUCGGCGCCGUGGCGGGCCGUGGAUCGCCCGCAAGUUCAUAGUGGUGGUGGUGGCGUUCGCUCUCCUGUGGCUGCCUCACCAGGUGUCAUGCGUGUACACCUACCACGACUUAUGGCUCGCCCAACGGAAAUACGUCCAGCACUUGAUCCUGGGAUUCUACUGGCUCGCAAUGUCUCAUUCUAUGGUCAACCCAUUCAUCUACUUCUGGAAGAACGGAAGGUUUCGGUCUUGCCUGGCCGGCUGGUGCUGCCGCUCUGAUAAACACUCCGGCAUGGACAUCAAGGUGCAGGUGCCGCUCGCGGGAAUGACGCCCGCGGCAUUGCCGACCGGUAAGCGGAAGCUGAUGCUGAUGGAGCUGGGAGU